AUGACAUUAAAAUUGAGUACAUCGUGGACAGUUUGGGGGAUACAUAGGCCACCUUCUUCAAAGAUAAUUGAUUACCAGAAAGAUUUAAUUAAAAUUGCUGGAUUUGAUAGUUUACCAGCAUUCUGGAACACCUACGCUUAUCUUAAACCACCUUCCACUCUCCCCGUCGUCACCGAUUACCAGCUAUUCCGUUCAGGCGUAAGACCUGUCUGGGAAGAUCCCGAAAACAUAAAAGGCGGUAAAUGGAUUCUUAGGCUUAGGAAAGGUAUUGUUGAUCAGCUCUGGGAAGAUUUGUUACUUAGUAUCAUUGGUUGUAAUAUGGUUGACGAUAUCAAUGAUCUCUGCGGAGCUGUGGUUUCUAUAAGGGCAGCAGAGGAUAUUAUAAGUGUUUGGAUUAGAAGGGAAGAUCCUGAUUUGGUUAAUAGCGUUAGAGAUUCAAUAUAUAAAUCUCUCAACCAAUCGCCUUCCACGUUAGAAAUGCAAUUCAAAUCAAAUUCUGAAUCAUUGCAAGACAAAACCCCUCAAUUAAACACACCAAAAUAA